AUGGAUAAUACCGAUGCCAUAAAGAAUGUUAUUGACCCGGAAGUUAGAGCUUAUGUGUCGAGUUUAGUAACUGCUCUCGGAGGAAGUGGCACCGACGAAUCCGGUCAAUACGUAUUAGGAGACGAUGCACUUGCUUGUCUUCGGGAUCUCAAGAGAUGGCUUAAACUCUAUGAUGAGAAGGCAAAUCGUCUCGACGUGGCACGAUGUAUAGCAGAAACCAACCUUGUACGAGGUGAUCUUCUUCAAAUUCUCGCGACCUGGCCAGAGAAUGCGACGGAAGACAAAAUAAAAUCAAAAGUAGCACUCGCAUGCCUAGAGCUACUUGUUCCCUUGACAUGGCCAAUUGAAAAGGAUCCUCAGCAGAUGUCCCAAAACCAUCACCGACAUAUCCCUUAUUUGCAAAUAGCUCAACUUCAAUAUAAAAGCUCUAUCAUUAACUUUGAUGGAGCAAAAAUACUUCACACUGCCAUUAGAUGCGCCCUUCCAUCAUUGGCAGAAUCAAUAAAAGACAGGAGUGCACGAGAUGAGGGAAUCAUCAAGCUUCUCUUGUAUUUUAUCCGCAACAUCACUAUGAUUGCACCACCACCAAAUUACCAGCACGAUGCAGACGAAGCAGAAAUUUCGCGCUCUACAACAAUCGAUGCGUUUGAAUACCAAGAUGUAUUUCACCUCAUACUUACUGUAUCGUCUAUGAUGGGCGAGGAUUUUGACUCCCAGGAUGUUAUUGUUAUGGACAUUAUUUUCCAUCUUCUUAAGGGUAUCGACGCAGAAAAACUAUUCUUCGAAGAAGAGAAAGCAGAAAAUGAGAAGAUUGAAGAGAUGAUAAGAUUACGAAAGAAAGAGGCCGCAAUGCUGAACAGCUACAAAGCCCAUGCGCCUACCAGGCACAAUAGUUUUGGCACCAUGGCAUGGAUGGUUAGAGAAGAUGCUAGGAUGACGACUAUAUCUGGUCAGACUGCCGUUAUUGAUAGCAGCCGAAGCCUUGCCAAAAUGGACAGUACUAAAAGGUUUAAACCAGCCCGAAGAAUUCCAAAAUUAGAAAAUGGUCUGUAUAACUUUUACACCCCGCAAGUACUAAGCACGUCGUCGACAAAACAUUUGCGGAAAUUCGUGGAAGAAUUUCUGGAUUCAAGUUUUAACCCACUCUUCGAUCACAUACGAAGAGCUAUUGAUAGAGAUACAGAUCGUAUCAUGGAUUACCAUCUGAAACAGUUUUUCUACUUAGUAAAUUGGUUCCUCCAAGCUGAUAGAUUCAGAAAAGCCAGAAAAGUAAACCUUAAGGGUACUAAGAUAUCUUCACUCCAGAACUCGGAAAAUUUCUCUCUUGUUGCAAGCGUUCUUACCCAAGAAAUGUUUGUCACGCUUAAUAGAUUCAUGACAACUAGUUUUGAAUCUAAGUCAUGGUUAGAACUCAGCGCUUCUUUAAAAUGUUUCAGCCAAAUUCUUCUCACAGUCUAUGAUAUGUGGCAAUCCCCAUGCGAACAAGAUCAGGAAAUUGCGGAAAAUAUUCUCAAUCGAAUUUUCUAUGAAGAAAUUACUCAUGAUUUGAUUGCCAGUGUAACUAGAACAUACAAGGACCAAGGCUUUGGCUACCUAGAUUCCAUCACUGAUAUAGCUCACAAUUAUCUCCGGAUACUGGAAAAAUACUCUAAACAGAAUAUUGAUCUACAAGUGAGGUCGAAAAGAAAGAAAAGACGUAAAAAUAGAGUCGAUAAAUUGACUGAGGAAAAUGAACUUGGACAGAUAGAAUCUGAUGAUUCGGAAAAAGAUAAUGAAGUAGUGCCUCAGCAAGCUUCUCACGAUCGAAAGUUUGAUUUCAAACGUUUCUCUGCUAGAUUCACAACUCAAGGCUGUAUUGAUACUUUUAUCUCAUUCACCACAUACUAUAAUGAUCUAAAUCCAUUACAACUAAAACGGGCGCAUAGAUUUCUCCAUCGAAUUGCCUUUAAGGAUCAGAUGAGCGUCAUGCUAUUCAGAGUGGACAUCAUAGCCCUUCUGUACAAAAUGAUUAAAGGUCCAGACAGCUUAGAUCAAAGUAGUAGCAGCUAUCGGGAAUGGGAUGAACUUAUCCGUCAAAUUAUGAAAAAAUGUAUCCGUAAAAUUCGAGAACGUCCUGAGCUUUUCAUAGAAAUGCUCUUUUCCAAGACGAACAGUACAGCCUAUUAUUUAGAAUAUGGUUAUGCAAAGCAAACCUAUACUCCUAAGCCCCGAUCUAUUGUUGAUUUCGAAGUGAAGGGAGAUAAGACUUGGGAGCAGCAGAUCUCUAUCGUUGUCAGAGCCAUGUUGGAAGAAAAAAAGGAGAAUGAUUUACAAUGGUUAAAAUCGCAGCUAUACUCAGCAAAAAGUGAAAGAAAAAGCUGGGAAAUCUCACUCAAGCUUGAUCAACCGGUCGAUGAAAAUUUUAUUUCAAGCAAUUUAACGGCUACUCCUCGCAAUGAAAUAUCCGAAGCUCCUUUGAUUUCAGUCAAUCCAGAUACGAGUGUGCGAAAGAUUGGUAUGCAUGAAGACGGUCUCUUUCGACUCCUGAUGAAGUUAGUUGGGAUUGUGCAAAAUGAUAAUAUUAAUGACUCUAAGACUUCAUGGGUAGUCCCCUCCUCAGUCUCAGCGGAAGAAAUCGAAAAUUCUCUUAAACUAAUAGAAAGUGAAGAGCUUAGCCCAUUAGGUGUCAUUGAUGGUCAAAAGGCAGGUGAUCUCAUAGGAGUAAAAGCCAUAAAAUCUAGAAACAGUACUAGAAGACUAUGUGAAGAUGAUGAAGAUUCUGAUAAUGCAGAGGAGAAUAUUUUAUUUCGCCACAAUGAUUUAUCAGGAAAGAAGGUACCUGAAGCCGGUGAAAUUACAAAAAAGAAGCUUAAAUCUCGAAAAGAAGACGAUUUCAGGAAAGUUAUAAAUACUCACCAUACUGAUAUAGAAAUCGAAGCCCGUAAUGCUGCUAAAAGGGAACGAGAAAGAGAAAAGAAUCGAAAGAUUAAGAGCAACUUGUUUGUUCAUGAUAGUGAUGAAGAAACCGAUGAAGAACGAGAUCGAGCCUUCUUUGAGAGGGAGGAGAAAAUACGACAGAGAUCCAAACUCGCAAUCAUGAAAGAUCUACUAAAUGCCGGAAACGAUACGUAUUCAAAUGUAGAUGGAAAACCAUCAGAUCAGAACUUGAUCCCUAUUAUCUCAGAUGUCGAGGAAGAUUUUGAUAGUUUCCGAAACAAGUCAAGAAAAAGGCAGUCAAGCUUAGCUUCUCUCGAUAAUGAGGAUGAAGAUACUCAGCUGCAUAAAUCGCUGAAUCUUGACAGUAAAUCGUCUGUCGCUCGACUAUCUCAUCAUUCAACAGGAGUGAAGAGACAGAAAGUCAAGGAUAUAGACGACGAAGAUAAUUAUUCGAUAGAGAAAAAUUCUGUUAGUAGUAUAACCGAAACGGAUUUUAAUAAACGUUCAGAAGGCGACGAUGAAGAAGAUAGUAUAGUUGCUCGGCCCACUAAAAGAAGGGUUAGGGCAGGCUUCAUUGUCGAAAGUAGCGAUGAGGACUAA